GAAUGUGGGUCCUAUAUAUAUGGGUAAAAUUAUGUGGGAAAGUGGUUAUAGGUAAAGAAAUGUGAAAUGAGACAAGCGGUUUUUUUGGUAAAUUAUAUAAACCGUUUCCGCAAUCUAAAUAUGAUAAUAGAGAAACCGAAUGAACAGUGCCAGACACUUCAUGGCACGUAUUCAUUGGGCCGCCGGUUCUCCAUGAAGAUGCCCACGUAUUACGUAUCGCACCACGCGUCUCCCCCUUUACACGAUACCACAUAACCCACUUCCCCACUCAAUGCUUACUUUUCAGAGGAUAGAGAGAACCAGAGGAGAGAGAGAGAGAGAGGUUGCGAGAUAGAGGGAGAUCCGAUGAAUCAACGUUAGGGUUCUGAUGUUUAAGAACACGGUUGAGGAGAUCACGACUGCGGUGAUUCGUCGAAAAACUAGGGUUAGUACCGGUUGCCACCAAAGGGAGAAGAUGUCUUCGAACCAUGGAUGGAUUGAGUGUCGUUUUCGGCGGUGGCGCUGUAGGUGUUGGUACCUCCGCUGCACCGGCGGCUUCGGUUGUCAAUGGUAGUGUGGUGCUCUGAAUUUUACAGGCAACAGAUUAAUGUCUCUUGGGUUUCACAGAGAAUGCAUGUCUUCCAUUGCUGGUUCUUAUGGGUAUAUUGCACCAGAUUGACCAACAAGGCAAACAAAACAGGUGGCUAGAGAGAACCCCAGCCGGCGAGUCUCUGGCAAUUGGACCACGAUAAAGAGAGAGAAAGACACGGUAGUUGUGGCUCUGCCGGACACGCUUGGAUACGGCAACUGCCAGUGGCGGUUUGAAAUCAUGGUGAAGUCGGCGUAGACGUGGGCUCAUACUCCAGCAGCGGCACACGAAUUCCGGUUAACUCCGGUGAGAACCCAGUGUACGGUUGUUGUGGUUCUACCGUCCAAUCACUUGAAUACGCCAACGCCGGAGGCGGUUUGAAGUUCUGGUAGCAAUUCAAAAUUCCAAUAUAUACCAAGAUCACCACUUUUGCAAUCUCAAUAUUCAUCAGUUUGGCCCCAAAUUUCAAGAAACAGAGAUAUUCAAGUUCUGUCAUUUUUAAAGUUUAAUUACAAGAUUUUAUUAUAAACUGCCCCCAUGCUUUUACCUUCUUUUUUUUGUAAUAAUAUUAAUAUUCUAGAUCCCUAUUGAAUUACCCAGUUGUUAUUUUUACAGAUUUGUUAAAUAAAUUUCCAAGAUUUUGUGUUUAAAUUCGUAUGGGUGUUUGAUUUGAAUGAGUUUUGUAAUCUAAUUUGUGAAAGUUAUGAUUGAAAAAGAAUGAAGAUCAACGUGUUUAGUGAGGCAUUUGUGUCUUGCAUGCCAAGUGUUUGUUGUUAUGUGUCAAUGAUGCCUGUCUUCAUCAAUUGGGUAUUGGUAUGUAAUGGAGAAUUUAUAAAAAGUAUAUGUUUAUUUUGAUAUGUGGUUGGGUAUUUUACCUUCUUGGAUUUGUGUUUAUGCCCUACCAAGUUGAGGGACUCGGUGGUCACUGACCACUGUUCGAUCGAGGUGAUUGUAGUUGCGCAACAUGAACAUACCAGAUCAAGUCAGCCUUGAGGGGUUAGGGUUUGGUAUUGGUCUACGGCGGCAGGAAUUUGAGGAUUUCCAUGAAUUCCGGUUAACUCUGACGAGAACCUGAUGACCUGAACCAGCUAUGAGUCAAUGAUUGGUGUCGCUGAAGGGUAGUAGCUGUUCACUUGCAAACUCCUUUGCAGCCAUAGUCGGGGCAUCGUUUCGUUGACUCUGAAGACUUACAGAAGGAUAUUUGGGUUGUGCAAGGUUAGAGUUUCGUUAUGCAGUUUUUCAAUUCAUUAUUUUGCUCUAUUUAUCAAAGUGUGAGCUUUCACUGAAGAUAACAAAUCUCACCAAGAUCACAAGUGUUCCCGGUCGUAGUACAGUGUGAACAGGGGAAUGAAUAUUGACGAUUUUAAGUUCAUUUAUUGGAUGGAAUACGCGCAUACAGACGAAACUAAAGAGAAGAAGAAGAGAAAUAUAAAUGUUCAAGGUGCAUAUCUACAUGUGUUAGGCUAUUCGAUACAGAGUAUUGGCGUAAUGAUUGGUACGACGGUCAUAUGGUACAAUCCCAACUUGAAAGUCAUUGAUCCGAUAUGCACAUUACUCUUCUCCGUCAUAGUGUUGUAUACGACAAUCAACAUGCUGCGCGACAUUUUGGAGGUUUUAAUGGAGAGCACACCAAGAGAGAUAGACGCAACAAGUCUCGAACGGAGACUUUGUGAGAUAGACGAGGUUGUUGCUAUUCAUGAAUUGCAUAUCUGGACGAUAACUGUCGGGAAGGUGUUGUUAGCUUGCCAUGUGAGAAUCCGGCGUGAAGCUGAUGCUGAUAUGGUGUUGGAUAAGGUGGUGGAUUUUAUUAAAAGGGAGUAUAAUAUUAGCCAUGUUACGAUCCAGAUAGAGCGCGAAUAAGUUAGUCAGGUUGUAUAUAUAUUAUAUGCAAUCUGUCAAUGGCAACAUUUGAAAGUGAGUUGAAGUUACUUCAGAAAGCCGAAUGGAAAAAUGCUCAUGAGUCUAUACUCUGGACACUGCAUGUUUUGUUGGAAGAGAUAGAAACCGGGUUCUUGCAGAGAUAAUUGUUUAUAAGAACUGAUAUGGUGGUUGGUAGUUAAUUAGUUAUCAGCUUAUCAUCCAACUUCUUAUUUACUUUAAGCAUUUAUCUAUCUCAAUUGCUUUGGAUAUGAGGUGAUUACUUAUAUUGAUUACUUUUAUA